CUUUCUCGCCCGUCUGAUUGUGCCCGACCUCACCAAGGAUCAUCGCCGCGGCCGUCCUGUUCCUCCUCUGACCGACAGCCUCGCCUCCCAGCCUUCUUCUCUCGCGCAUUUCCUGGCCUCGGCACCUCUGCACCACCACCGACGGCCAUGGCAGACAUUGCCCUUAUCCUGACCUCGGUCAUAUUUGCACUCCUCGUCCUCGUGGGGGCCUUCUACUUCCUGGUCUACUUCCAGCACCCCGAGGACAAAUGGACAGCCUGGUUUCCAAAAGUCGUCGUGAUUCUCGGGAUAUCGCUCUCGGCCUACAACCUGUUUCUGCUGCCAUUCGAUGUCGGGAACCAAAGCGGCGAGUUCACAACCACAGGAAUCCCCAUGGGCCCGAUUGCGAGCGGAUUCUACAUCACUUCGGUGGCGAUCGUGCUCGUCGCCGUGCCGUUCACGGUCUACUUUUAUGAAGGAGUCGAUGACAGUGACGAGUCGGAUGAAAAAAGCUCCUCCAACUCUCAGCUCGGCUAUGCCCUCAAAUGGCUCCUCCCGACGCUGAUCUUCAUCGCGGCCAUCAUAUUUGUCAUGUACUGGUUCAUUCCCGGCAUCGCCGAUGUUCCGGCCGUGCGAGUUACGGGCACACUUACUCCGUUCGACACCACCGGCCAGAUCCCAGGCUCGGUCCCGGACUACAUGAGGAAUCUCUGCACGGCCACGACGUGCAUUUCCCAGCCCGGGGUGUACCACGCCGGCAUCUCUCCCUUUGUCUACAUCGUGGCGGUGGUGUCGCUUGUGGGAUGGAUCAUCUUUUCGAUCUUUGGAGGAGUCGGCAUCGUCUCCUUCCCAUUUGACCUGAUCAUGGGCUGGGUCUAUCGCCCCAAGCACAUCAGUGCCACAGAAUACGCCGAGCGCAAGAAAAUGAUUGGUGAGCAGUCGCAGAUCCUCAUGGAGGCCGGAAAGACGCUCCAGGAAGAGCUCAAGGAGGCCUCGCGCAAUGGCAAAUCGAACCGCAUGAUGCGCCGUCUCAGACUCAAGGAAAACGAGUUCCGCAAGGAUGUUCUCAUCCUCGAGUACCACUACCGACGGCUCGAGGAUUGCUACAAGCGACAAGGCGGUAAUCUGCUGCUUCAGAUCCUGAAGCUGGUCGCUGGCUUGAUCAGCAUCGUCCUCUCGGUCGUGUGGAUCAUUCAAGUGUCGAUCUACCAGCUUCCAAAGAUCCUCGGCACCCUGCCGAUCUCAGCGUUCCUGAACGACUUUCUCGAGAACGUGUCGCCCAUCCCAUUUAUCGGCACAAGCUUCUAUGCCGUCUUUGCAUUCUACAUCCUGGUGUGUGUCAUCAAGGGCGUCGAGAAGCUUGGCAUGCGAAUCCUCAUCAUCUCCAUACAUCCACUGCGCUUUGGCGAGACCAUGAUGAACUCGCUGGUCUUCAACACGGGCAUCGUGCUGCUCUGCUCGCUCUCGGUCGCUCAGUUUUGCUCCCAGAACUUUGACAAGUACGGACGAUACACGACGGUGUCAGCCGUCUUUGGAUCUCAGCUCGCUUACUUUCGCGGAAUCCACUAUGGAUACGACGCCUCGCCGUUCAUCCUGCUGGGCUUUGUGGUCUUGACCUUCCUCUACACGCUGUACCGCCCCUACAAGAAGCAGCGAGAGAAUGUUCUCGACUUCAAGUGGUAGCUUCUGUUGAGGAUGCCGUUGCUGUGAGGAGGGGAACGAAGGGCGGGAGGGGCAACCUGGAGAAAAGUAGUGGCGGUGGUGCAGG